AUGCACGACUUCUGCUUCACGAUCCCCUACGGGCUGCUGGUCCUGGCAGGCGGGAUCGUAGGAUUCGCCGCGAAGGGGAGCACGGCCUCCCUCGCCGGCGGUGGCGGCGCCGGCUUCGCCCUGAUUCUCGCCGGCUUCCUCAGCCUCAAAGCCUUUGGGAAGCGUCGCAACUCGUACCUAGCCAUCGGGCUCGAGACUGGUAAGGGCGACCGGAUUCCUCCGUUUCGUGCGUCGUCUCCAUCGCCGGGCGCUCUGGUUUAUUGAUUUCAUAUCCUGUGGCGAUUUCUCCGCUGAUUCCAGCAUUUUACGGAUCGAUUUCCCCUAUUUCCGCCGUUGCUACGUCUUUCAUCGUUCUUAGGUCAAAUUUCUGGUGCAAACAUCCUGUAGAUCGGAAGAUCCUGCAAAAAAAAGCAUGAACACACCGUAAAAAAAAAAUGUGAGUGCCAUCUCGGAUCUAAGUACCAAUUGAGCAGAUCGGAACAGAAGAGAUCUUGGGGAGACCUAGAAAUAUUGCUAUCGAGUCGAAUAUUAGUAACAUAUUUUGCGAUGAUUUAUAUUGAUGGAAGAUUGUAAUCUUCUCAAGAGGCGGAAGAUGAGGCAGCAUCACUUCAGUUCAUCCCCAACCAUUCCUCACCACCAGUAUCUGAUUGUUGACGAACAGGGAGGGCAAGGGGAUGCUGGCCAUGACUGGAUUUGAAGCACCGCCAAAUCUAUUUUCUGAAAGAUAAAGAAUUCAUGGGGUUCUGACGAUCUUCUCAUUGGUUUUUUCAAAUCCUUACUUCAUUACUAUCUUUGAUUUGUUCUAUAUGCGUGCUUCACAAUUUACAUACUUUUCGUUACUAGAAAUAGCUCUGGAAAUGAAUGGAUGGAUGUCUAGUCACAGUAAGAGAUUCUUUGGCUUAUUGUGAUUUCAUGGUCUAUCAUGGAACAGUUUGCGCUGCAUCGUUGACAUACAUCAUGGGUCAACGAUACAUCCAUACACACAAGAUAAUGCCGGCUGGACUAGUUGCUGCCCUCAGGUAUUUUGAUAAUGUCUGUUUUUUUUUUUUUAACUUUUUAUUAUAAUGCUUCCAGCUAAAAGCAGCAUAAUCCAAAGGAUUGAUUUCAUGGGGGGAUUUCCAUCAGAGUCAGCUUAUUAUUUAGUUCAUAUGAUGAAAAUGGCUUCCUUUUUUAUUGGGGGAUUUCAAUUAUAGUAACUGGUACUACUACUUUGCAUGCAUAUAUUUAGUUCAUAUUGCUUGUGUUUUUUUUUUUUUGCCAAAGUACGACGGCUAUUUCUCAAAUUAUUCUUCUUCUUGCAGCGGUGUCAUGACUCUAUUUUAUCUGUUCAAGAUUGCAACCGGGGGGAACCACUUGCCACCUAAGCCUGAGUGA